AUGAGGCUUCCUCUGCUUUGUGCCUCUGUGAUGCUAAUGAGUCUGUCCCAGUGCAGAGCUGUCAGCUUCCCUGAGGAUGAGGACCCUAUUAACGUUGUUGACUACCACUAUUCAAGGCAAUAUCCAGUAUUUAGAGGACGCCCUUCAGGCAAUGAAUCUCAGCACAGACUGGACUUCCAACUGAUGUUGAAAAUUCGAGACACACUUUAUAUUGCUGGCAGGGACCAAGUUUACACUGUAAACUUAAAUGAAGUUCCAAAAUCAGAAGUUGCUCCAAGCAAGAAAUUAACAUGGAGGUCAAGGCAGCAGGACAGAGAGAACUGUGCUAUGAAAGGCAAACAUAAAGAUGAAUGCCAUAACUUCAUUAAAGUUUUUGUUCCAAGAAACGAUGAGAUGGUGUUUGUCUGCGGAACGAAUGCAUUUAACCCUAUGUGCAGAUACUAUCGGCUGAAUACCUUAGAGUACGAUGGGGAGGAAAUUAGCGGUUUGGCAAGAUGCCCAUUUGAUGCCAGACAAACCAAUGUCGCCCUCUUUGCUGAUGGAAAAUUGUAUUCAGCAACAGUAGCGGAUUUCUUGGCAAGUGAUGCUGUUAUUUAUCGCAGCAUGGGGGAUGGAUCCGCCCUAAGAACAAUAAAGUAUGAUUCCAAAUGGAUAAAAGAACCACACUUCCUUCAUGCCAUAGAAUAUGGGAACUACGUUUAUUUCUUCUUCCGAGAAAUUGCUGUAGAGCACAAUAAUUUAGGCAAGGCUGUGUAUUCCCGUGUGGCACGCAUAUGCAAAAAUGACAUGGGGGGGUCCCAAAGAGUUCUGGAAAAACACUGGACAUCCUUUCUGAAAGCUCGGCUUAACUGCUCAGUUCCCGGGGAUUCAUUUUUCUACUUUGAUGUUCUGCAGUCUAUCACAGACAUAAUAGAAAUCAAUGGAGUCCCCACAGUUGUCGGUGUAUUCACCACACAGCUUAACAGCAUCCCUGGUUCAGCAGUCUGUGCUUUCAGCAUGGAUGACAUUGAAAAAGUCUUCAAAGGGAGAUUUAAAGAACAAAAGACUCCUGACUCUGUUUGGACAGCUGUACCUGAAGACAAAGUACCAAAGCCAAGACCUGGCUGCUGUGCAAAACACGGCCUAGCAGAGGCUUACAAAACCUCCAUUGAUUUCCCAGACGAAACACUCUCCUUCAUCAAAUCUCAUCCUUUGAUGGAUUCAGCUGUUCCCUCAGUCUUUGAGGAGCCCUGGUUUACCAAAACACGUGUCAGAUACAGAUUGACAGCAAUUGCUGUGGACCACGCGGCUGGACCAUACCAGAACUACACAGUCAUAUUUGUUGGCUCCGAAGCAGGAGUAGUACUUAAAAUCUUGGCAAAGACCAGGCCUUUUUCUUUGAAUGACAGCGUAUUACUGGAAGAGAUUGAAGCAUAUAAUCAUGCAAAGUGUAAUACUGAGAGCGAGGAGGACAGAAGAGUCAUUUCCCUUCAGCUGGAUAGAGACCACCAUGCUCUGUUCGUGGCAUUCUCCAGCUGCGUCAUUAGAAUUCCUCUGAGUCGGUGUGAGCGUCACGGUUCAUGUAAAAAGUCAUGUAUUGCUUCACGAGACCCAUAUUGUGGCUGGUUAGACCACGAGACUUGUGGAAGAGUGACACCAGGCAUGCUCACCGGAGGAUAUGUACAAGACGUCGAAUACGGCAACACAGCGCAGCUCGGGGACUGCCAUGAAAUUUUGCCUACUACAGCUACAUCAGAUUACAAAAUAUUUGGCGACCCAACAUCUGACAUGGAGUUCUCCUCAGCUUCCAUUACCACAAUGGCAAGUAUCCCAGUUAUAUCACCUAAAGUGAUUGGUUCCUGGAAACCUAAAGUGACUGGCUCUCGGAAAUUUGUAGUUCAAGAUGACCCAAACACUUCUGAUUAUUCUGAUCCAUUAUCAGGUGUCCCAAAGGGUGUCAGGUGGGAAGUACAAUCAGGAGAGUCCAACCAAAUGGUGCAUAUGAAUGUCCUAAUCACUUGUGUCUUUGCUGCUUUUGUCCUGGGAGCCUUUAUUGCGGGAGUGGCUGUUUACUGUUACCGGGAUAUGUUUGUACGGAAAUCCAGAAAAAUACACAAAGAUGCAGAAUCGGCUCAGUCCUGUACUGACUCCAGCGGGAGCUUUGCUAAACUGAAUGGGCUGUUUGAUAGUCCUGUCAAGGAAUAUCAACAAAACAUUGAUUCACCCAAACUUUACACAAACCUGUUGACUAGCAGAAAGGAGCUGCCACCAAACGGUGACACUAAGUCCAUGAUGAUGGACCACAGGGGCCAGCCUCCGGAAUUAGCCGCGCUUCCAACUCCUGAGUCUACACCAGUUCUUCAACAGAAGACUCUGCAGGCUAUGAAAAGUCAGUCGGACAAAGGGCAUAGUAACCUCAAUGCUUCACGAAAGGAAGCCCCACUAAAAAGCCCUCAGUUUUUUCCUUCCAGUCCUCCACCCCACUCUCCUUUAAGUCACGGACACAUUCCUAGUGCUAUCGUUCUUCCCAACGCUACCCACGAUUACAAUACAUCUUUCUCAAAUUCUAAUGCGCACAAGGCAGACAAAAAGAUGCAACAUAUUGAUCAUCCACUUACAAAAUCAUCCAGCAAAAGAGACCACAGGAGAUCUGUUGACUCCAGGAACACCCUGAAUGAUUUUCUAAAACACUUGAAUGAAACUACUAGUAAUCCCAAAGCAAUUCUGGGAGAUAUUCAAGUGGCUCACCAGACUUUAAUGCUGGAUCCAAUGGGAAAUAUGUCUGAGAUCCCACCUAAGGUUCCCAACAGGGAGGCGUCUCUAUACUCUCCUCCAUCAACUCUUCCGAGAAACAGCCCCACAAAACGAGUGGACGUUCCCAACACUCCUGCAGUACCAAUGACCUCUUUGGAACGGCAGAGAGGUUAUCACAAAAAUUCUUCACAGAGGCAUUCAAUAUCUGCCCUUCCUAAAAACUUAAACUCACCAAAUGGUGUUUUGUUAUCCAGACAGCCUAGUAUUAAUCGUGGGGGGUACAUGCCUCCCACGGCUGGCACAAAGAUGGACUACAUGCAAGGGACACCUGUCAGCGUUCACCUCCAGCCUUCCUUGUCCAGACAAAGCAGCUACACGAGCAACGGCACUCUUCCUCGUACAGGAAUAAAGAGGACAUCCUCCUUAAAACCCGAUGUGCCACCGAAACCCUCAUUCGUUCCUCAGACAACUUCAGUCAGACCACUGAACAAAUACAGUUACUAGGACAUGUCUGUACUAAAAAAAAAAAUGAGUGUGGCAUUGACCUGUACAGGUUGUGAGAUGAUGUGGUAGGCACGUAAGACAGAGACUUGCUUGUUUAAUUAAAGAGAACAAAGUGGCCAAAGAAACUGUCUUUACUUCAGCAACAUCUGUCUUGCCACAUGUAGCCACAGCAAGACUUCAUGUACUUGCUAAGAGCAAACACACACAAAAAAACCCACAACAACAAAGGAAAGUGCUGGUCAUUACAUUUCUUUUGUUUGGAGCUAAGGAGACAUGUAGCACAAUGGGGGUGGGGGCUACUUUACUGUUCCGAAUAGCUAAAAAAAGUUAUUGGGGAAAAAAAUGAGUAAGCAAAUACUUGAAAAAAAAAAUGGGUUCCAUUUUAGACUGCCAUUAAGUGUGGUCCUUCCCAUUAAAUGUGAACAUUUUAAAAUGUAUGCAUUCACCUUGCCUCUUGCACAAAUGUCAGAAAAUGGCAAUGUCUCAAUGAAUAUCUGGGUUAAUAAUCAAUUUGCUGGAAUUCAGCCUCUGGCCCAACUGUAGCAUUGUUAUUAUUUUUUUUUCUCUCUCUCUGUGUGGCAUUUUGUUUGUGCCACAGAUAAGCUGUGCGUGUGUGUGGAUGUGCGUGUGUACUGUACACACUAGGAUGUACUUAGAUUCCCAUUGCAUCUCUUAUGCUGUGGAAUUGUUUACAUUGAGCAUGACUGAACAAACAGAUGACUCUGCCUUCUGCAGCCCGUUGGGUUCAGGUUGGAGACAGCUAAGGCUGAACGGCGCAUCUCUGCCAGCCUGCUGAGUGAUACUGCCUAGAUGAAAUAGUCAUCCAGUGAAAGAGUGCAGAUAUGUUUAAUUCCUCAUAACUCUGUUACGCUGCUAUUGAUUCAGAGCUGUGCAUUUCAACUCUAGUGUUCGGGGCUGGAAUGGGGGAGUUUUACUGUGUUUCCACAGUGCCUCCAUCCAAUACUUGGCCACUGUGAACUUGAGCCCCUGUACUUCUCGUUUAGGGCAGCUAAUAAUCAACUCACCUGGCAAAGUCCUGUGUAACUAGAGAAGGUUAUAUUUCUGUUGCAUUUAAUAAUGCCCUACACACUGAUAGACUUGUCAGUAAAACAGAAGAAACAUUAAUUGGCCUGGCAGAAGCAGUCUGUGAAAACUCAACAGUAGUGCAAUCAAUUUGUUUUUGUUGUGUAAUGUAAGGGUUUGUUUGGUUUUGGUUUUUUUUUUUUCCGAAGUCAUGCAGGUAAUGACAAUAUUCUGUAAAUAUUAUGUGUGAGUUUACCUGAAUCUGUGCAUUUUGUGCCUUAUUCAUGCAAAUGAUAAAAGUACUAAAAAAAAAAAUAAUAAAUCUGUCAAGUGUUCUCACUAUAGCACAUAUCUCCCGAGUGCCAGUUGUAAAACCUCUCAACAGCACCCAAAAAAAGGAUAAAAAGCAAGAAUAAUUAAUGGUAACUAAAGGCAGCCUACAAUCCAAGAAGACAGCAGCAUUAAAUCACCUUACCAUGAUAAACAUUCCACUCAGCUCUCCGAAGGAUCAAACAGUUAUAAUGUGAAAUCAAAUGAGGUUUCUAGGGUAAUGGAACACCUGCUAAAGUUGUGUAAGCUAUUUAGUAGGUUUUACAGUAUCCACUUGCAGCUGAUGUUCAACACAGAUGGCUGUUUUAGCUUGCAUACUACACACUACCACAUUGUUUAUUGAACAUAACUAUAGAAAUAACCAUGGCAGAGGAAUAUUCAUGAAUUAGUGGGACAAAUAACUGCAAUGGGUUUCAGAGAUGGUGGAGAUUUAUAUUAUGUGUUCAAAGGGGAGAAAAGGUUAGUCACUGAAAACUGGAUCUCUGUUACAGAACAAAGAAUAAAGGAUAGAAGUAGUCAUUUUUUCUUGUAAAGCUGUAAGGGACAUUUAUUUCCUGAGACCUCUGGAUCCAAAAAUCAAUGAUCUCUCUUCCUAAAUACUUCUGUCUUGCAACUAAAACACUACAGAUUAAUACCUAUUAAAAAUGUACUCGGUUGUCAAAAGACACAAACUGAUCAGAAUUCACUUUUUACAAAUAUUAAUACAGACUUGUGUGAAAAACAAAAGAUAAAUGUAUGUG